AUGUUCAGCGGCGACGGCGGCGGUAGGGUGCUGCGGCGAGUCGGCAGCUCCCCACGGGCACCGCCGAUGACGACGACGAGGCACACGCUCUCCAGGAGCGAGUCAAUCAAGAAGAAGAGCGGAGCCGCCAAGCGGUCGAAACGAGCGCGCCUGCGCGCGGGGCUCGUCGCCGCGCUGCAGGAGCUCAGGCUCGCCGGCCCGAAGCAGCACAGGGCCCGAGGUUCGGGAGCCGGAGGCGGAGGGUCGGCGGCAGUCGUCAGCGCCGGAGCCGCGCGGCCGCGGGCUAGCGACGACGUACAAGGAGGAGGCUGCUGCGCCGCGGGCGCUGCUGCGGCUCCCCUGCACGUGUCCGGCGGCGGUGCCGAGGCGCAGCAGGCGAGCAGAGGAGUAGGAGGAGUUGCCGCCGCCGGCCGUCGCGUGAAGAACGCAGCCGGCGGUUGGCCGCUGGUGGUGGUGGUAGCCGUGCUGGCCCUGGCGUGCGUGGUGGCGCUCGGUAGCAGGGCGCCGGCCGUCUGCUGCUGCACCUGUGCGUCGUGGCUGUGCCGCGGCCCACGGCCCUUGUGCGGUUCUGCCUCCACCGGCGGGCGGGCGCCACCGGAGCAGCGAGCCCUCUGCGGCAGCGCGGUGCAACGAUAUUAUUAG